UUAAAGUUGUGAGUGACAGUUGUUUCUGAACAGAGCAGUAGUGGAGUUUAUCCUCGUGCUGUGAGACACAAUAUACUUUACCAAAGACGCUUUAACACUCAGUGAAAAGCGACUGGCUAGCUUUUCUCGCUUUUUGCUCCCUGUGAGAAGCUGUCCAACAUAUUCAGCACUACAGUGGACACUGCCAAAGAAAACAGGUAAGUAAAGGAUAAAUGCUUGUUUGCAGACCAUGGCGUUAACUGUGAACUGGUGGACUCUGGCUUUGAGCGCCUGUCUCGUGCUGAUGGUUCGCGCUGAAUGCGGCAGAGACUGCGCGGUUUGCGUUUACCGGCUGUUCCGUCAACAGACAGAGAUCGACACAUUCACCUGCUCAUUACAGUGUGAGGGGACAGUGGACUCCAGAACACUAGAAAUCUGCAAAAACAUCCUCAGUGAAGAGGAUCGCCUUGCAAUGGACAACCUCAAACAAGAGGAAGAGAGUGCAGACCAUCUUCUUGCCAAAAAAUAUGGUGGAUUCAUGAAGCGUUACGGGGGCUUCAUGAUUAAGAAAGCAGCAGAUAUCGGCACAGGAGCCCCGGCUGAAAAUGAUGACACAGAGGCCAUUAGUAAGAAAUAUGGAGGCUUUAUGAAAAAGGACAAGGUAGAAGGUGGAGCCGAAGACCAACAGGUGGAGCUGCUAAGAGAGAUCCUCAGGGUUGGUCUCACCUCAGAGUCAGAUGAGCAGCAUGAUGGGGAUAUGGUCAAGCGCUAUGGAGGAUUUAUGAGGAGUGUACAGGGGAACAGUGAUCUAGGGGAGGCAGGGAGAGACCUGCACAAGAGAUACGGGGGGUUUAUGCGUAGAGUGGGCAGGCCUGACUGGUUGGAUAACCAGAAAAGCAGUGGCUUUCUGAAACGCACUUGGGAGGAUGGAGGCGAGACUGCCCUGCCCAACAUGCAGAAGAGAUAUGGCGGAUUCAUGGAUUAGAGUUAAAACAUGGACACCCAUCCUAAACAAUCUGUUCCUACUUUGUGUCGAGCUUGCACUGUAUUGUACUUGCACUGUAAUUUCAUGUGUUCAUUUUUAAUCUUUAUUUAUUUUUGUCUGCUGAAUCUUCCUCCAUAAUGUACAGUGUACAUUUGUGUUUUCAGUGACUAGAGUUUGUGCUUAAAAAAAAAAAAAUGGACAGAAAAUAUUUUCCCAUUCUCUGUGUUUACAGUGGAAUCACUCAUCAGGGACAUUCGGUAGAGACAAAGACAGAGGACAAUAAUCUAAACAUCUUCUGGAACACAUCACCAUGAAUGAAAAUUACCUUUCACAUUGUUGCUUUGUUCUCUAAGAAUCUCAUCACAUUA